AUGUUGGCCCUUCGCCACGUCUGGAUUAUUGUAACCGAUGUUGCCAAUUCGCUUUUUGGAUCACCCUUUUUCCGGGAUGGACCUCAACAAUACCUAGGAGCCAAGUUUAGCUGGUCUCACAUCGACCUGGAGACUGCCGGACAUGACCAUCUCGUCUUUACGCCUCCUGGCAGCAACAUUGAUAAGUUUGUCUGCGACUACCGUCAUAUGAGAGAUAAAGGCUUCAGGUCAUGUGGCACUGCAGACGAUCGGAGCUGUUGGCUUCGUAAUCCGAAAACUGGGGAAGAGUUCAAUAUCACAACCGAUUACGAAUACAGGGUGCCGCAAGGUGUCAAACGUGUUUACCACCUGAACGUCACAGAUGGCUACGUCAAUGCGAACGGUCUGAAUUUCACCGAAGCAAAGAUGUUUAACAACUCUUGGCCUGGGCCUCUCAUCGAGGCUUGCUGGGGCGAUACUGUCGAGAUCCACGUCACGAAUCUUCUCGCCAACAACGGAACCAGCGUCCACUGGCAUGGCAUUAGACAGAAUCAGACAAUGCACAUGGAUGGUGUCAACGGCAUCACGCAGUGCCCUAUUGCCCCCAAUUCCACCUUUAUUUACCAGUGGAAUGCCACGCAGUACGGCUCCUCGUGGUAUCACAGCCACUACUCGGUUCAGUACGCCGAUGGUCUGCAAGCUCCCAUUACCAUUCACGGACCAACAUCCUUCCCGUACGACGAGGCUAUCGAGCCAAUCUCCAUGAAUGAUUGGGCGAACAAUAGUGCGUUCCAAAACCUGUACAUAAGCCCAUCGGCACAAGACAUACUACUGAGUGGCUUCGGGAACAUCGCUCGAUUCACCGGUGGAGGUAUUGAGAACACCACAGAGAUUCCCCGUGGUUAUGAGAUUUGGUUCGAUGACAUUGAGCCCAACCCCAAAACGAGAGCGAAGCGGUAUCUCUUGCGACUUGUCAACACUGCUUUUCAAUCGACAUUCGUCUUCUCCAUUGACAACCACAACUUCACAGUUGUUGAGGCAGACUUCGUUCCCAUCGAGCCAUUCAACGCAACUUCACUCCUCAUUGCCAUCGGCCAGAGAUACCACAUCAUCGUCGAGGCAAGGCCGGUUGUCAACAGCACGAACCCCGAUGCUAAUAUUAUACCGGAUGAUCGCAAUUUCUGGAUUCGUACGCAUAUGCCACUAAAUACUACCACAAACCAGACAAUGGAAGGCGGCGCCACGGUGGACGCCAACAACUACAUGAAGACUGGUAUCCUGCGAUACGACAAUUCCAGUACAGCAGAUCCUACUAGCACGGCUUGGAACAUUAGCCUCGUCGUCUCAGAUACUGAAUUCAACGAUAAACUUGUGCCCACUGUUCCAUGGAAGGUUGGACCACCCUCAAAUGGCCUUGUUGGUGAGCAGUUCAACGUCGCAGACCUGAGCAAUGCAGCAAACCAUAAUGGACCAUAUUCUACGGCCUUUUUCUCUUUCGAACGGCCAGAUAGCAAGGACGUGCGACCCUUCCAGACCACGUACGGCAAUCCUACCUUCUUGAACCUCGACAACGUUGGCGAUGAGUGGCCAACAGGAUGGGUGGUUGUGCCCGAGAACUAUACCGCAGAUGACUGGGUUUAUCUGGUUCUUAACUCCGACAAUAACGAUAAAACUAAACACGAAACGUUCGGCCCUCAUCCCAUCCACCUUCACGGCCAUGACUUUGCCAUCGUCCAGCAGGAGGAUGAUAAGCUAUGGGACAUAAAAGACUUCAAGCCCAACAAGAACAAACUGAAUAAUCCUCCCCGUCGGGACGUGGUACUCCUCCCCAGAAGCGGUUACGCCGUAAUCGCCUUCAAAUCAGAUAAUCCUGGCGUGUGGUUGAUGCACUGCCACAUCGCUAGACACGCCUCCGCCGGCCUGUCUUUGCAAAUCAUGGAACGACAAGCCGAGGCAAACAUUAUUUGGCAGCCCGGAAACUCUAUGGCCCUGGAUAAUGCCCAUAAGCUCUGUGCUAGCUGGAAUACUUGGGCCUACGACUGCAAGAACUACUGGCCUGGUAACUUGGGAACAGACGACAAGCCGGAUUAUCCUGCCUGCGCCAAUGCCACCAACCUCCAGAACGAUUCUGGAGUCUAA